GAGUGUGCGGCCGGGUGGAACCCUGCGCGCCUUGUUUGGCGGCCCAGCGCACUUGAGCGAGCAAUUGGUAAUCAAGUUACUAUGAGUCUGUUAAACUGUGAAAACAGCUGUGGAUCCAGCCAGUCUGAAAGUGACUGCUGUGCUGCCAUGGCCAGCUCCUGUAGCGCUACAGCAAAGGAUGACAGUGUGAGUGGAACUGCCAGCACAGGGAACCUCUCCAGUUCCUUUAUGGAAGAGAUCCAGGGAUAUGAUGUGGAAUUUGACCCACCCUUGGAAAGCAAGUAUGAGUGCCCCAUCUGCUUGAUGGCAUUACGGGAAGCAGUGCAAACACCGUGUGGCCAUAGGUUCUGCAAAGCCUGCAUCAUCAAAUCAAUAAGAGAUGCAGGUCAUAAAUGUCCCGUUGACAAUGAAAUACUGCUGGAAAAUCAACUAUUUCCUGACAAUUUUGCAAAACGAGAGAUUCUUUCUCUGAUGGUAAAGUGUCCAAAUCAAGGUUGUUUGCACAAAAUGGAACUGAGGCAUCUCGAGGAUCAUCAAGCACAUUGUGAGUUUGCUCUUAUGAACUGUCCCCAAUGCCAACAUCCCUUCCAAAAAUGUCAAAUUGAUAUUCACGUUCUCAAGGAUUGUCCAAGGAGACAGGUUUCUUGUGUAAACUGUGCUGUGUCGAUGGCAUUUGAAGAUAAAGAGAUUCAUGACCAGAACUGUCCUUUGGCAAAUGUCAUCUGUGAAUACUGCAAUACCAUGCUCAUCAGAGAACAGAUGCCUAAUCAUUAUGAUCUAGACUGCCCUACAGCUCCAAUUCCAUGCACAUUCAGUACUUUUGGUUGCCAGGAAAAGAUGCAGAGGAAUCACUUGGCACGCCACCUCCAAGAGAACACCCAGUCACACAUGAGAAUGUUGGCCCAGGCUGUUCAUAGUUUAAACCUUGCUUUAACUCCCAUCUCUCAACGUGAUAUGCUUCCGUAUGAUCCUGCCUCUCUGUCCCGGGUUUCCUCUGGGUGUCACCCAGAGGUCCAGAAUUUCCAGGAAACCAUCCACCAGUUGGAGGGUCGCCUUGUAAGACAAGACCAUCAAAUCCGGGAGCUGAUUGCUAAAAUGGAAACUCAGAGCAUGUAUGUAAGUGAACUCAAACGAACUAUUCGAACUCUUGAGGACAAAGUUGCUGAAAUUGAAGCACAGCAGUGCAAUGGGAUUUACAUCUGGAAGAUUGGCAACUUUGGGAUGCACUUGAAAUCUCAAGAAGAGGAAAAACCUGUUGUUAUUCAUAGCCCUGGAUUCUACACAGGCAAACCUGGAUACAAACUGUGCAUGCGCUUGCACCUUCAGUUACCAACUGCUCAGCGCUGUGCAAACUAUAUAUCCCUCUUUGUCCACACAAUGCAAGGAGAGUAUGACAGCCACCUCCCUUGGCCCUUCCAGGGUACAAUACGCCUUACAAUUCUCGAUCAGUCUGAAGCACCUGUAAGGCAAAACCAUGAAGAAAUAAUGGAUGCCAAACCAGAGCUGCUUGCCUUCCAGCGACCCACAAUCCCACGGAACCCAAAAGGUUUUGGCUAUGUAACUUUUAUGCAUCUGGAAGCCCUAAGACAAAGAACCUUCAUAAAGGAUGAUACGUUAUUAGUACGCUGUGAGGUGUCUACGCGCUUUGACAUGGGUAGCCUUCGGAGGGAAGGUUUUCAGCCACGAAGUACAGAUGCAGGGGUAUAGCAUCCUCUCACUUGUUCAGAAAAAACUAUGUGAAGAAAACAAUGCCUUUCCUUGCCUUGUUCUCAAUAAUAAUACGCAAACAAAAAAAGUAGUGAGGAAGAUGUAAUGCCCACUAGAGUAUGUUAAGUCACGACUUCUUCCUGUUACAGAUGUCUGAGGAAGUUUUUUCUUGGAAAUCUGCACAUUCGACGUUUUUUCAAAAAUGUUACUUCUGAGAUGCCUUUGGCUGUUGCAUCAGCUAUUUAGUUAGUUAGUAUACCUCUUUCUUGUAUUUUCUUGGGCUUUGCUACAGUGUGUUUUAUUGUCUAAAGCCCAGAGUUGGAGUACUGAUGUCCAACCUUUAAGAAGAAUGAACUUUUAUUAAAACUUCAAUUUUUAUAGUAUUAUAUGUAAUAUAUUAAAUGUGAGAAUCACUACUG